UUUCGACACGUCUCCAUUCAGCACCAUGGCCGACUUUGACUUCACCUCUCCGCCCGUUCUCCUCUUCCUUUUCCUGACGGUGCUCCUCGCGGCAGCUCUCGCGCUCCGCAAGCCGGCUGCCAAGAAGCCCGUCGCCGUCGCCGUCCCCGCCAAGCCCGCUACCAAGUCCGUCUCCGCCGCCGAACCCGUGCCCGCGGCGCACGCGGCUGCCGUCCAAGCCCACGCACAGGUGCAGGCACAGGCGAGCGGCGCGCAGAUCCGGCCCGAGCUGAAUGCGCGGGAUUCCUCGAAUCGGGGGUCGGGGCGUGGCUUCCAGCGGACCAAGAAGCUCGACUAGAUUCGGAUGGAUCGAUUUUCUGGGUCUUGCACACAGAGGUGGCGGUUU